AUGCGCAAAAGCGAUGAAGGUGGUGGAAGUGGGCGAUUGUCGAGCUCAUGCUCAUCAAUUCGUAGUUCCAAUUAUUCAAGAUCCUACACACCAAGCUUCAACACCUUCAAAUACUCACCAUCUUCGUACACACCCAACAUCUCUCGUAAUCUGAAUUCCACGGCAUCUGGGUCGACGGCGGCCGACUCGUCGUCGCAUACAUUGCCGUCGUCGGCCCCCCGAUCGCGUCUUUCAUUCACCACGCCUUCCGCAACUUCAACAAACUUAUCGCGAAACGUUUCCGCAUCUCACAAGACUCUGUACAGUAGUCCAGCUGCCGCAAGAGUCUCUGUCUCUACAAAUGACAGUCUAUCUCAUUCGACAAUUACACCACAUAAUUAUCGAGGGAUCUCCAAAUAUAGCAUAAUUGAACGAUCCACAGUUGGAGAAACAAAACCAUAUUCGUCGUCGUAUGGAACGUCAUCAUUGUCAUCGAGUUCAUAUGAUCGGAGGUCUUCAAGGAGUGACAGAAUAUCAUCAUCGACUCUCCCAGAAGUGAAAAUUGAAUCGGGACCAACGACAAGAACUCAUAUGGUACAUCCAACGUCGUCACAUAUCAGAAGUCGUUCAUCAUAUGGUCGUACAAACACAGUUGCCAUGUUCGCCCAGCAAGCCAGAGAACGUGCAGAAAGAGACGAAAAAGAUCGAGAUUACAAGGAAUGGAUGCAAAGAGAAAAGGAUCGAGAAUCUGAACUCGGUCUCGAAUCUCUUCAUAUCACCAGUGCAGCACCUUCGACUGCUCAAACCGACUUCAGAAGAGCGGUGGCACCGAACGCCACCUCAUCAUCAUCUGCGACGCCCUACCGAUCUAGAUAUUCUUCAGUGACACGUGUCACGUCUUCUGCCACACCAACGUCUUCUGCUGUAGCUCCGAUGGAUGAUGUUAUGACGACUUCUUAUUCAAGUGUUGCAGCUACACCUCCACCAGCGUAUUCCCAGUUAUCCACGUCUACAUCAACUCUACUGAGAACUCGAAGAGAAAGAUUGGAUAGAGAAGAUGAGAGUCGAAGCUCAAUGACACCUCAGCCAUCAUCGUUUACUACUUCAACUAUCCCUCCUCCCCCUCCUCCACCUCCACCAACAAAAGGAGGAUAUCUACCUAGAAGUGCUUCAGCUGCAGUCAUGUCUUCAUACAAACCAACUGCAAAAGUGUCUCCAUAUGAAGAUGAUAGAGACAGCGUUUGUAUUGUGGACCAAGGAUACACGGGUCUUCGGAAUAUUGGAAACACAUGUUUCAUGAAUGCUAUCCUCCAGAUGCUCGUUAACAAUGUGGAACUACGAGAAUUCUUCCUGCGAGAUCAUUAUAAAAUGGAGAUCAACGAAUCGAAUCCACUUGGUUCAGAAGGACGAUUGGCACGAGCAUUCGCAGAUUUUAUGGUUCAAAUGUGGAAUGGAAGACAUAAAGCCAUUGAACCCGUUCAUAUUAAAAAUAUUGUUUCUGAGAAAGCAUCACAAUUCGCGAACUUUGCACAACACGAUGCACACGAAUUCCUUUCGUUUCUUCUCGAUGGACUUCAUGAAGACGUGAAUCGGGUGAAGAAAAAGCCGUUGACAGGAACUGUUGAAUCACAUGGAAGACAUGAUUUGGAUGUGUCAAAUGAAGCAUGGAGAAAUCAUAUUCUCAGGAAUGACUCGAUUUUUGUGGAUUUGUUCCAUGGGCAAUUGAAAAGUCAUGUACAGUGUCCGAAUUGUGAUCGGGUAUCCAUCACAUUUGAUCCGUUCGUCUAUUUGCCUGUUCCCUUCCCAAAAAACAAGAAAUCCACGUCACUAUAUUUCUGGCCAGUAGAAAAUCAAGCGAAACCGUUCAAAUUGACCGUCAGCUACUCAGCCGAAGGAACUGUCGCUGAUUUCCUUUCCGCAGUCAGUGAAAUGAUCAAAGUUCCAACAAGAAACCUCCGAGCGUGUGAAGCUCUGUGUCAUCGAUUCGAUAAAAUUUACACUAGUGAUAUGAAGGUGUCGGACAUUAUCUCACCGGAUUAUCUAUUCGUUUUCCAAACUCAUGAUGAAACGGAGUGCAAUGAAGAAGUCGUGGUUUUGAAUGUUCUUCAACGAGAACUAUACAGGUCAAAUCUCAAAUAUUCCUGUCAUGAAUGUGGAAACUCGAAGGUGAAACUGAAGGCGUGCGAAGAAUGUUACGACGCUGUCUACUGUUCGAAAGAAUGUCAAGUUGCCAACUGGUCAACUGGAGGACACAGGGAAGUCUGCUCCAAGAGAAUGUCGAGUGACCUGGUUGGACAUCCAUUGAUCGUUUCUCUACCCCGAUCUCAACUGACUUAUCAACAUCUUUAUCGAGUUCUUGAAGCAAAAAGUCGCCAUACUGUAACUCUAUUCCAACAACCACAAUAUGAUGGAGAAGGAGUUGAAGGGGACUCAAUGCAGGCUCCAUCCGGUUCAACGAAGAAAAAAAAUGGAGUCGGAGCACCACCAACAUUCCUUCAACCACCUGGAGAAUCAUCUUCCGCUUCAAGUGUUUCAUCGACUCCACGUAGAAGAAGUGUAGCUGCAGAGCCCCGUUCCAAAAAUCAGAAGAUGUUUGAAAUUCGAAAAUUGGCAAACCAAAAUGAUUCAUUCGGAGCACACAGUAUUGGAGAUGACGAUGCGUGUCAAGCAUUAGAAUCUGGAAGUUUUGUAUCGAUAAAUUGGAUAAAUCAAAGGAAUGGAAAACCGUACAUCACAAUUGACAAUAGGACUGAAAUCGAUACGGAUGUGGAUAAAACAAAAUUGAUGACUGUCAGAGGGAUGGGAACCCUGGAUAAGGGACAUAAUUCUGAAAGAAGUCCUCAUCUGACCCAAAUGCUCAGUUUGUUCUCAGAAACUGAACGAUUGAAACCAGAAGAAAGUUGGUACUGUUCGACAUGCAAAGAACACGUGGAAGCUACAAAAAGGCUGCAAUUGUAUAGGUUGCCACCAGUUUUGAUCAUUCAGUUAAAGAGAUUUGUGUACACAGCAUUCACUCAUCAAACGUCUGUGCAUCGAAGAAGCAAAGAUGACCGAACUGUUGAGUAUCCAUUAGAGAGUUUGGAUAUGUCUCCGUUCCUCUCUGAAACGUCUCCAAGUCAUAAUUCGACGAUGUACGAUCUAACCGGAGUUGUCUGUCACAGUGGAAGCAGUUAUUUCGGUCACUACAUCAGUUUGGGACGUCUCGCUGAUUUCGAUUCUUCCAAAACGAAAAUCGAAUGGAGGAAAUUUGAUGAUUCGAUGGUUGAUCGAGUGCCAUCUGGACAUGUACAAACCAAUGAGGCUUACCUCUUGUUCUAUAAAUUAAGAGAUCCAGCAGCAACACGAUGCAUUUUCAAGCGUCACUAUUCCUGCGAUCCUGGUGCAUCUUCACAAUCAGCGGAAGUCAAAAUUUAG